CAUCCAUGCCCACUUCUAACCAUGAAUAAGAGACAACACUCAAUGCAUACACACAAGCAUGUGCUGUGUUAGUGUAAGUGCCUUGGUGGUUUAGGAUACCUCAAUCUACCAUGUAUUUGCCCUGCAGGUGGGAGGUACUCAUUUUUCUGUGGAUACAUUUGGGCUUUGUGCCUGGGCAGGAUGGGACUGUCAAUCAUCUGUCAAAGGAAGAUGUUUUGCUCUUAAAGGAUGAGCAAAAUCCUAAAUGUUUCUCCCGCACAGAAGAGGAUUUCACUUGCUUCUUUGAGACUUCAGACAACAGCACUUAUGAUUUGUUCUACAGAGUUGGUGACAGGCAGGAGAAAAGGUGUGAAUUGUCUGUUCAGAGAACCGAAGAGGACACUUUCCUCCACAUCUGCUCAUUUUCAAGACAUGAUAUUUUCCUGUUUGUGGAAACAUACCUGGAAGUAGUGAAACGCAACACCAACACCAGCCUCUACAAACGUCAAGUCCAUGUGGAGAACCAUGUUCUCCUGGAUCCCCCCUUCAACGUGUCUUUACACCCAAAUGGCCAAGUUGGACAGCUGCAGGUUACCUGGGAAUUCAAAUUCCUGAAAUAUUUGGAAGAUGUGAUUUACAAGAUUCGAUACUACUCCAAGGGGCUGGGAGAGAAGACAAAAGAGGUAUUAGAAGUUGACAAACUGGACUCUUUGGUACCAGGGGAGGAAGUUGAGGUCCAGGUCAAUACUAAAUAUCCCCAAAGUCCAAAUACUGGGCACUGGAGCAGCUGGUCACAGCCUGUGCGAGCCAUAGUUCCCCAAAGUGCAGAUGAUAUUUCACUCAUGUGCUACACCUCUGACCUGCAAAAUAUCAUAUGUCAGUGGGAUAAGCUCCGAUAUGGUGUAGAGGAUGGGUACAAACUUUUCUACAAGAUAGGUCUUAGUAAAACUUUGGGCUGGACAGAAUGUCUCACUGAUGGGGAUUUGACUUACUUAUGCUGUUUCCAUGGAGAUGAAUUCAGAAAAAUGAGAGUCAAGCUCAACAGCACUUCAGCUCCGCUCAGCAGAACCUUCUAUACGCAAGAGUUCACUCUCAACAACAGCAUCAAAACAUCCCCACCAAGUCAUCUGAAAGGAACAUUUGAGAAAGAUAAGUUGUGCUUAAACUGGGAAGCUCCACUUCUAUCUUUGGCAACUCACCUGCAGUAUGAAGUCUGCUACCAGAUCCAAGAGGGGGGAUGGCUGAGUGUAUCCCCAAAGGUUCCUGAGACUGACACUUGUCUAGAUGUUCCAAUGGGUAGCCAGUACAAUGUUAGGAUCAGAGCUAAACCUACUGGCCUCGUUUACUCAGGCCACUGGAGUGACUGGUCUGAUGUGCUUCAUGAUCACACCCCUACUGAUAGAGGCAAAUGGCUCAUGCUGUGUAUCCCUGCCUUGAUGCUGAUACCUGCUGUCAUCCUCAUUUACUUGUUUCCUAUGUAUCUCAGUAAGCUCAAACUCUAUUUUUGGCCACCGGUGCCCAACCCCAAAGUCCUACAAGGCUUUCUGACAGAGAUGAACGGGCAGAAAUGGAAUCCUCCAUUAACAGCAAAGCAACUCUCUGAGGAAACUACGUGUUCAUCUGUGGUGGAGAUCAUGUCCGAAGGUGAGGUUUCAGCAUUGGGGAAGGCCUCAGAGGAAUCCACUGAGCUCCUGUCACCAGAGAGAGGCUUCUCCGGCAUAGAAGAGGCAGAUGGUAGUCCUGGGACUAACGUCUUUCCAGACUAUGUGACUUUGAACAAAGACAGUGUCAUUCUUUGCUCAAAAGGAAACAAGUAUGUUGAGGAGAAGGUUGGAGAGAAAGAAGGCCUGGUGGUGAAGGAUGAUCUCUUAGAAACAUGUCACUCUUGCUGUACAGAAGGCUCAGUCUGUACCCCAGCCUGCUUAGGCACUGACUUUCUUAACCAUUCCUACUUGCCUUUGGUUGACAGAUUCAACUGCAAAGUCGCUGUUGCUAGAGGGCCAGGCAACCUCUAUACUAAUUUCCCCUGUAGCUAAAUGUCAUCUACACAUCCGCACCAGUAGUUCUGGCUGUGGGAAAGGCUUCAAUAGGAAUAACAUCUCUUAAUGAUUUAUUUGGGAAAUAGUUUAAGCAAAUUUAUGUUAUCUUUCACAAUGUAAUGGUGUUAGUUUUGAUCAUCUCAUCAUUUCUGUAACCCUUUAUGCACUCUAUUGUAGCUGAAAUUCCAUGAAUGCACAACAGAUUCAAAGACAAAUUAACAUUUGAAAAUCAAAAGUCAAAUUUCUGCUCAUCAUCUACUCCCGUGUAUUUUUAUGUUGUGCUAUAAUGCGACAUCUAGUAUCUGUAAAUUUCAUAUAAACUUUAACAAUAAUUGGUGUUUUACUAUUAGUGUUUUAGCACUGUUCUACCACUUGCAUACCUCAGAUAAGUGGAAACAAAAGGAAAAACAGUGUCAGGAAGGAAGUGUCCACCUGAGUUUGUACAUUAUUUUAAUUUAGAAUUUGAAUGUAACUUCCUUUUUUCUUGUGUAUAUUUACUUACAAAUGAUCAGAAAACACAGCAUUUUGGUUUUCUGGAUUAUUUCAUUGAUGUUUGAUGAUUGCCAUUGUUUGUUUUGAUAUACUCAUAACUCAUUUAUAUUGUACAUAUUCCUUGGGGAUUUCUAUUCAGUCUAAAACGUGUGUUUCUCUUUGUCAUCUCCUUUCAUGUAACAGCCAAGACAAGCAUUUAGAUCAUUAUGCAGUACAUUAUAACUUGAAUGUUUGUAUUUUUGGUAAUAAACAUUGAAAAGCUUU